AUGUUUUUGAUGGUAAAGUUUCCUAGUGCAAGGACGGUGACACAAUCAUUAUCAACAUCGUCCGUUCUUGGGUCUAGUAUUCCGCUUAAACGCGUAAAGAACAUUCUUGAGCUGGAGAAAAGGAGUUUUACGAUCACGGUGCUGGUGAAUCAUGAUACCCUGGUUGUCAGUCGCCAGAAUGAGAAGGUCUACGAAUACGAAGAGAGGACCCACAACAGCAGUGGCUGCGUCCAUUUAUUAGUCUUCAACGAAGCAACAGGGCGUCUCAUGAUGUCGCGGAAGUUUCGUACUUAUCAACCGGCAGAUCAACUUCAUCUAAGGGCGUGUUUGUCGUCUGUGCAACCUGGUCGCGUCCUGGUCGUCGUUGGUUUGAUGGACUUCCUGACCUUCCUAGCACCUGAUGGAGAAAUGUCUCUGCGGAAUCUUGGUUCUUCCAUGCUUCACACAGUGGCGCUUGGCGAACCUUGGGGAAUGAUUGCAAUAGUUGGUGAGGAACUGUUAAACAAGGAAGCAACCUCCAAUUCAAAAUACGGGGCACACAAAGCAGUAAAGAAGAGCAGAGUCGUUGCAGAGACCGUUGCCACCAGAGCCAUUGGUUCCUCAGAGAAGAGGUUGUGGUUAGAGGCCACUUUCUUCAGAGCAGAGAGAGGGAGGAGAUGCAAAGGUACCUUUUCUGAGCUGGGAAAACUGCAGCUGGAUUUCUGUGAUAGAUACGAGGGCUAUGGAGACCUUUGCCGGUGUGACAGACUGUAUGUUCCUCAUGAACAGAUACCACCACCUUCCAUACCCAUGACAGAAGACAUUCCUGUAGUUAUAGUCACUGCAAACAAGCCUUUCCAUCUGUACAGGAUACUGAAGAACCUCAAAUCAGUUUGGGGAUCUGGGGAGACGAAGGUGCUGGUGGUUGUCGAUGGAGGUGAUGAAGAAACCUUAAGCCUGGCAAGUCUGUUUGAAUUGGAAACAGUCAUCCAUGCACCCCAGGGUGAACCAGGUGAAAAUACCAGGACAAACAUGAACAUCGCCUUUGCCCUGUAUAGCGUUUUCAGCCAAUGGCCUCAUGUGGACAAAGCCAUUCUUUUGGAAGAUGAUCUUAUACUGGCUCCUGACCUCCUGAGUUUCUUCCACCAGACAGCUCCUGCUCUUACCAAUGACCCUACACUCUACUUGGUGAAUGCCUUCGGUCAGAAUUCAUACCCAAGCACUGCCAGCGACCCAUCUACGGUGAUGCGAGCUGACAUGUACCCCCAGUAUGGCUGGAUGACCUGUCGUCGAUGGGUCGAGUAUGCCCUGCCUCUGUGGGUAACUCCUGGGAGUGGCCAAGACUGGGACUGGUGGCUCUACCUAGAAGGAAUCAGGAGGAACCAGCAAGCCAUUGUGCCUGAAGUCUCCAGGACAGGCCACGGAGGGGCAGCUGGUAUUCAUGUCACAGGUUGGGAGCAACAGAUGUACUUCAACUCUAGGAUCAUGACGCAUGAUACUGCCACAGUUGUGCGUCAUGUGGAAAGGUUGGAAUCAACAGCAUAUGCUGAGUGGUUUGAGAAUGAGAUUAAAGAGGCAAAGAAAAUCCGACUGGUAGACCACCCUUGCUACUCCUUCAUCCUUCCUGAGGAAGAGGUAUGAUUUGAUGGCAUACCUCAGUUAAAGAAUAUAUAAUGGUACUGUACUGUAUUACAAUCUC